AUGGCGACUAUUAGCGAAGAAGGAAUGCAAACCAUGGGAGAAAUGUUUGAAAGUGGGGAAGCUUUAGCGGAAGAAAAUGAAAAGGCAGAGCUUGAUGUGUUAGUUGAUGUGAUAAACGAACACUUGGACUAUUUUAAUGAGGACAAGGACUUCAAGAAAGAGGUUGAAGAUGCCGUUCAGGAGAUUGAAAUACCACCAAAACAUCCGUGUCCGAAUUGUACGAAAAUAUGCAAAUCAAAAGGCGGUCUCACUCGUCAUAUACGAUCAAAGCAUACGCUCCUUGAGACAAAUGAUGGCAAAGAUGACAACAGCGCUAGCACUGCAACCAAGCCAACCAUUUCAAAAGCGAUUGUAGAGCCGGGAUUUGUUUAAAAAAGCUAACUCUAAAAUCAAGGAUAAUUUAUAUGGGGAGGAAAUCGUUAUUAUUUGUAAGAAUCUAAAGAUGGCUAUCUUCGUUUUGUGUUGACGUUCUCGAUAAACUUCAUCGACGUUUCAUCAAGAAAUCGAAUCAAGAUACUUUGGUAAGUGAACUAUACAAACUCUUGUCGAAAGAACCUGAGAAACUUGUCGACAACCAACCAACUGAUAAACGGUGGUCAGUCGAGCAAAUUAGAAUCGCUGUGAAUCUGUUGUUUAUCCAUUUACCUGAGUUACUCGUUUUGGCAACUUGCAAGAGCCAAACUAGUGAACAAACUAAAGAUAUACCUGAAGUGAAUGAAAGGGAACAUGGUCCCCUUUCUUACUUCCCUUACGAAAAUGUUCUAUAG